AUGGGAAACUCGAAGAAGACGGCGACGGCGGAAGUGAGGGUUGUGGUAAUUGAGUACCACCAUAUUCAGACCGACGUUUCCAACUUCAAGUCCGUCGUUCAGAGUCUCACCGGAAAGCAUUCCUCGGCAGUGGAGGGCGGUGGAGAGAGCUGCAAGAAGAGGCAGCGAGUAGUGGCCGAGAAUAAUGAGAGUAUUAUUAAUAUUGAUUUUAAUGACGGACGCCGAUAUGAAGAAAGUCGUAAGAUGAUUCCCACGACGUCGUUUAAGGACUUGGAUCGGUUGCUUAGUCUCCACCUCCCUUCCAUGGAGGAUCUCAACUGGAUUUGGACUGACUAA